ACUGGAGAACUGUGGUCUCACAGCUGUUGGCUGCCAGGUUCUGGCCUCAGCCCUCGUCAGCAACCAGAGCUUGACACACCUGUGCCUAUCAAACAACAACCUGGGGAAUGAAGGAGUGAAUCUGUUGUGUCGAUCCAUAAAACUUCCCAACUGUAGUCUACAGAGGCUGAUGCUAAACCAGUGCAACCUCGACGUACCGGGCUGUGGUUUUCUUGCUCUUGCACUCAUGGGUAACACACGUCUGACACAUCUGAGCCUUAGCAUGAACCCCUUGGAAGACAGUGGGAUGAAACUUCUCUGCGAGGUCAUGAGGGACCCAUCUUGUCAGCUCCAGGACCUAGAAUUGGUGAAGUGUCAUCUCACUGCUGCUUGUUGUGAGAGUCUGUCCUGUGUGAUUGCCAAAAGCAAACACCUGAAGAGCUUGGAUCUCACCGCCAAUGCCCUGGGUGACAGUGGGGUUGCAGAGUUGUGUGAGGGAUUGAAGCAAAGGAAAAGUUCUCUGAGGAGACUCGGGUUGGAGGCAUGUGAAUUAACUUCUGACUGCUGUGAGACGCUUUCAUUGGCCCUCUCCUGCAACCGGCACCUGACCAGUCUAAAUCUGGUGCGGAAUAACUUCAGUCCUGCAGGAAUGGUGAAGCUGUGUUCAGCCUUUGCACACCCCAAGUCUAGUCUACAAAUAAUUGG